CACGAGAAUCGAAGAAUGUCGAAGGUGUGUUCGGACUUGGUCCGUCUCCUUCGAACGAUAUCGCCUCUCCUUCCUCGUCAACGCGACGCUGAUUCUUAUUCCCACCCAAGGUUCGUUCUCCUCCGUCAUUCGCACGGACGCGAUAAAAGCUCGUCGUCAACAUCGCCGCCGACCAGUUACCCAGUCUCUCUACGUCAACGCGAAACUUCGGCGAACUGCCUCGUCGCGCCUUGCUCGAUUGUCUACUACAGGAACUGCUCGUCCAACUGCGAGGGAUCGAUCGACAAGAUGGACCGAAGAGAUCCGGCAUCCGAACAAUUGAACGAUUACAAGAAAACUCUCAAGGAUGAGGCACCCGUAUUAUUAACUGCAAAUGGAGCGCCCAUCGCCGAGAAGAAGGCCAGCCUCACCGUUGGUCCUCGUGGACCCAUGCUGCUGCAAGAUUUCGUUUAUCUGGACGAAAUGUCGCAUUUCGGCAGAGAAAGGAUCCCUGAACGAGUUGUGCACGCUAAGGGAGCCGGUGCGUUCGGCUACUUUGAAGUCACCCACGAUAUCACCAAAUAUUGCAAAGCGAAGGUAUUUUCCAGCAUCGGAAAGAGGACUCCCAUCGCAAUAAGAUGCUCCACCGUUGGUGGCGAAAGCGGUUCUGCCGAUACUGUCAGAGAUCCGCGUGGAUUCGCCGUAAAGUUCUAUACUGAGGAGGGUAUCUGGGAUCUCGUCGGCAACAAUACGCCGAUCUUCUUUAUCAAAGACCCUCUGUUCUUCCCAAGUUUCAUACACACGCAGAAGAGAAAUCCCGCGACCCACUUGAAGGAUGCUGACAUGUUCUGGGACUUUAUCUCCCUCAGACCCGAGACGACGCAUCAAGUUAUGUUUCUCUUCAGCGAUCGAGGCAUUCCCGAUGGAUACCGCCAUAUGAACGGCUACGGUUCUCAUACAUUCAAAUUGAUCAACUGCAAGAAUGAGAUGGUCUACUGCAAAUUCCACUACAAGACCGAUCAAGGGAUCAAGAAUCUCCUUGCAGAGAAAGCCGCCGACCUCAGCGCUUCCGAUCCCGAUUACUCGAUUAGAGAUCUUUACAAUGCUAUUGCUAGAAAGCAAUGUCCGUCCUGGACGUUCUACAUUCAAGUAAUGACCGAUAUUCAAGCGAAGAACUUCAAGUGGAAUCCGUUUGACUUGACAAAGGUUUGGCCUCACAAGGAAUAUCCGCUAAUACCGGUGGGCAAAUUGGUGCUGGAUCGCAAUCCCGAAAACUAUUUCACUGAUGUGGAGCAAAUGGCCUUUGAUCCGGCGCACAUGGUACCUGGUAUCGAGCCGAGUCCCGACAAAAUGUUGCAAGGUCGACUCUUUGCUUAUGGCGACACUCAUAGGCAUCGCUUGGGACCGAAUCAUCUUCAGUUACCAGUGAAUUGUCCUUACAAGGCGAUCUCCACGAUGCAUUAUCAGCGAGACGGUAACAUGGCUAUAUACAAUCACGGAGGUGCGCCGAAUUAUUAUCCAAACAGUUUCUCCGGACCGAGGGAGUGUCCGGCCGUUCGUUCGCCACCGUUCCACGUGAGCGGGGAUGUGGAUCGUUACAAUCCCGACGAUGAGGACGACUUCGGUCAGGUCACUACCUUCUGGAAGAAGAUCCUCGACGAACCCGCAAAAGAGAGAUUGGUGCAAAACAUGGUCGGAAGUCUGCGCGGCGCCUCGCCGUUUAUCGUGGAGCGCGCCGUGCGAAAUUUUGCCCGGGUGGACGUCGAUCUUGCUCAGAGAUUAACGGAGGGCUUACGUAAAUGCGGGAUGCAGAUCAACGCCUUGGGCAAAUCAGCCAAUCUCUAAAGAGGAUUUAUAUCUACAUCUUUCUCUCUCUCUUCUCUCUUAAGUUUUGUAUUAUAAUUUGUUCCUAACAACAUACAUGUUCAAAAAAUAUCCAGAGGACAUCCACAUCAAGAUGAUUUGUAUCCUCGGAUGAUCUGAACGGCUUUUGAACAUAUGUGUUGUUAGGAAUGUAGCUCUUGCUACUUAAAUACGUAAUAUAUAUUCCUCGAUAUAUAAUAUUUUACAUUGUUUAUCAGCGAUUAUUACUGAAAAUAUUUCUUUCCGCAAUGUUGUACACUACUUUUAAUUAUCGAAAUUUUUCACUGGAGUUAUUGCUCCUUGUAACGCUAACUAUUAUUUUACAAAGGUGUAGGUGCGAACCUAUUCUGCGGUGCCUUUUAUGUAUAAGAAGCUUAUGUAUUCUGCCUAUUGAAGGAGGAUAAAAAAAACGCAUUAUUCUACUCUUUACUAUUUUCUAACAUAUUUUGCUACAAUUGUUAUCGAUUUUAAAUGAGUGUUGCAAAUGAGUAUUUUUUAAGCCGGAUAAUUCUUUCGAAGGAAAAAUCUGUAUGUGUAUGAUGAGGAUUUAUAUGUAAAUAAAAUUAAAAAUUGCUAUA